AUGGGCCUCCUCUCCUUGGUCGGCCUUCGACGCCGCAAUCAAUGGGAGCCCAUGACUCUCAUCGACCAUUUCAUCUCAUCACCUCUAACAUACAUCGCCUACCUGUUCUAUCACAUCGUACUUCUUCUUCGCGGUCGCCCUUUCCUUCCGCCUCGCGAUAAACCCGCUAUUCGCGUCGUCUGCAUCUCUGACACACAUGAUCUAAAAGUCGACAUCCCCGGGGGUGAUAUUCUCGUUCAUGCAGGCGAUCUCACAGAUUCAGGCACAGUAGAGGAUAUCCAGAAGCAGCUCGACUGGCUCAAGGAUCAGCCUCAUCCCAUCAAGAUCGUCGUUGCCGGUAAUCAUGAUAGCUGGUUUGACAAGAAGAGUCGCCCUGAGGUGGAUGUGCGAUCAGGCGCUAAACCUAACAUGGACGGUCUUAUUUAUCUUGAAAGUGGUUUGACUGUGCAAAAGGUCAAGGGUCGAACAGUCAAUAUCUUCGGUGUGCCUGAUAUUCCGUCCAUUGGUCCCAAAGAGUUUGCUUUCCAAUAUGCUUCAGCAGAUCACCCCUGGUUGAGCAAGGUGCCACCUCAAACCGAUAUCCUCAUCACCCAUUGUCCUCCGAAACAUCAUCUCGACCUUGGUCUGGGCGAUAGCAAUCUUCUUCGCGAAGUCUGGCGCGUAAAGCCCCGUCUCCACGUUUUUGGUCACGUCCACUAUGGAUAUGGUAAAGAAUCCGUCUAUUUCGAUGACUUCCAACAGACAUACGAGCGUAUCAUGUCACGACCUCGUCGUGGUCCCAUCCUAGAUUUCAUCCCCAAUGAGGCUUGGCUUGAUUAUUUGCGGUUCCUUGCCCAAGGUCUCCAUAGUGUUGCGUGGAAAUGGUUGAUGUCGGGUCCUGGAAGCAAUAAUGGUAGCAUGAUGGUUAAUGCUGCUCAGAUGCACGGAAACUCGGGUAAGGCUAAGAGCAGGGCUGUCGUUGUUGAGAUCUGA